UGGCCGUUAUCAGUUCCUCUUAGAUCACUGAACUCAACAUGAACGCCAAGGUCCUCGUUCUCCUCGGUCUGGCAGCCAUUGCUGCUGCAGACAGCUUCGAGUCUUACGAGUACAGGCCCCCACAGCACUCAAGGGAAGAUUCCUUCGAAUCCUACGAGUCGGGUGAGGCCAAGUAUGACUUCAACUGGGCCGUCAGCCACGAUCCCUCAAGCAACGAGUUCGGACACCAGGAGGCCCGUGACGGCGACCACACUCAGGGAUCCUACUACGUGGAGCUCCCCGACGGCCGCCUGCAGACCGUCAAGUACUUCGUGGACGGCGACUCCGGCUACGUGGCCGAAGUCAACUACGAGGGCGAAGUCUCCCACGAAUCCGCUUCCUUCGAGUCUCAGGAGUACAGACCACGAUACGUCUAUGACUCCAACGAGUCCAAGUAACUCCCCGACUGUGACGUUUGAUGACGCCUCAACAUUAUUUAUUUUGAACAAAUGAUUUAUGAAGCCAAUAAAUAAUUAACAAUG